GCGUUAACGAAAGAUUAUCUCCCCUUCCCAAGCAUCUCCUGAAGGGUUUCGCGGUGUUCUCUGCCCUCCCCCGUGAAAGAGCAGGGAGGAUGGGCGUUGUGUUGACAGAGAUGAUAGAUGUUUGCUACUUCGUGUAGUACCUGCAGGGUUGGAUAACCGGAGUUCAGAACAUGAAUCUUCAGCCAGCCUUCGUGCAGGCGAUACUUUCCUUGCCAGAGAACCAGGAUACGCCCAAGGUUGUUUGCGGGGGGUGCUCGAUCAAGGGAAGGAGGCCACAGCAGGAAGACGUGCUGCUUUUGCAUGUUGAUAAAGCCUCCCUGCCAUCAUUGGUUCAGGGAGAUGCGCAGUUUUCGGAAGGAGAAGGCCGAGGAGUCAGCAUGGUUGGUGUUUUUGAUGGACAUGGAGGGAGGCGAUGCUCAAGAUUUGCAGCUCAGCACAUCCCCACAAAUUUUUAUGCCGCACUGGCUGAAAUAACUGCGAAGAAGAUUACGUCUGGCGACGACAGCAGAGAAGCCUUGACGCAUGCGCUACGUGCCUCAUACCGAAUGACGCAUGAUGAUUUUGCAAGGAUGGCAAGAGGCGAGAGUGAGUCGAGCCGACCCAAGACCAGGCAGCGACUGCACGAUGCCAUCGAGCGAGCCAAGACGUGGAGCAGCAUGAGCACGUCGAACGAUCGCCCGACGGUUCUGAAUCACAUGCAUCGAUCCUUUCCUUCCAACUCGCUAGACAACUCGUUCGAGUCUGUGCGCAACAAGAUGCUUCAGCAGAGACUUUCUUUGGGGAACCGGGUCUGGGACGACGGGAGCACGGCCAUCUGUUGUCUGGUGCAGGGGAACAGAGUCAUCGUUGCAAACUUGGGAGACAGCCGAGCCGUGGGAUACGUAGGAGGAAAGGUGACGCCCUUGACCAUCGAUCACAAGCCGAACCUGCCGUCUGAGCGCGACCGAAUCCAGAGUGCGGGCGGAGUUGUUACUUGCAUGAUGGGAUGCCAUCGGGUGAUGGGGAUGUUGGCGAUGUCACGGGCGCUGGGGGACGUGAUGAUCGAGCAGUACCUGAGUCAGGAUCCAGAUGUGUCGGAGAUCGGGCUAUCAGAUCAUGACUUCGUUGUGCUGGCAUCGGACGGGCUGUGGGAUGUGAUAUCCAACCAAGAGGUGAUACAGAUCGUGGCCGGAGAAGGUAGCAAGUGCGGGUGGAGCCCCGAUCAGCUGUCUAUGAUCGCCAACAAGCUGUGCAUGGAAGCGUUUAGGAGAGGAUCGAUGGAUAACAUCACUGUGAUGAUACUUCUAGCGAUCAGCGAGCACGUGGCUCCGCCGCAGCCGAAGCCGGAGAGGCACAUCGAGCUGCCGAGCAUGGGGAAGCAGUCGAGGCAUCCGCUGCAGCGCAGCCCUGCGGCCAACAUGUCGAUGAACGGAACGCAUACCGACCUCCUUCGACCUCGGCAUGACCGCAUGGAGAACGCGACCAUGGGCGUGGGCGUGUUCUCGCGCUUGCUGGGGGAAGGGGAUGCCGUUAGGAAGGGGCUGCCAAGACCGAGCAAUGCCCUCCAGGCCAUGCUGCCGGCUGCCAAGCGAUCGCAUGUGGGGGCCACUGGGCCUGAGAAGUGGAGGGAUGGCCUGUCGAGACGGAUAAGACGAGGAGGGUUGUAGUCUGCGUUUUUGAUGUAAAUGUAAUGACAGUC